UCUCGGACUCUCGACUAGUAGUGUCAGAAUGUCACUGUCAUUUUGUGCGGUUAUUGAAAUGUCAAAUGUGUAAUAAUAAACAUUGCUGAAACUGAUGUUAAGUGUUGUUUAUCUCUAACAUAUUUGCACGUGCCAAUCCCGAAAAAUAAUUGGGAAAAUAAUACCAAAGCGUUGUAGAAUGGAUGGAGACGAAGACAGUUACUGCAGCAAAAGCCAUUCUCGCCAGAAUGGCGUCCACGUGUCUGACUUGGGCGACAUGAGUUUCAUGAUGUUGGAUUACAUCAAAGAAGCCAUGAAGGCCAUGGACAUGAUGAGAGGUCAUCAAAUGUUGACCGACAUAACACUAGAAGUUGGCCACGAAGUAUUUUAUGCACAUCGAGUGGUCCUCGCCGCUGCUAGUCCCUACUUUAAGGCCAUGUUUACUGGUGGCUUAAAAGAAUGCGAAAUGACGAGGAUACCCCUUCAAGGCGUUUCCGCGACCGCGAUGGCUAGACUAAUACAUUUCAUGUACACCGGUAGGAUAAGAGUGACGGAAAACACCGUGUGCCAAUUAUUACCUGCCGCGACAAUGCUACAAGUUACGAACGUAAUACAAGCCUGCUGUGAUUUUUUAGAAAGACAAUUAGAUCCUAGCAAUGCAAUUGGAAUUGCAAGUUUUGCGGAACAACACGGAUGUAUCGAAUUAUGCAAAAAGGCGAAUCAAUAUAUCGAACGUCAUUUUUGCCAGAUCUGUCAGGAGGAGGAGUUUCUUCAAUUAAACGCGUUACAAUUAAUCACAUUGAUUAAGAAAGAUGAACUUAACGUUCAAGACGAGAAGGAAGUUUACAACGCCGUCCUAAAAUGGGUCCGACACGACGAAGAAAACCGACACAAGAAAAUGGAACACAUAUUAAGCGCAGUCCGAUGUCAGUUUUUACCACCCAAGUUCCUCAACGACCAAAUGACUAACUGCGAAGUUAUCAAAAAAACACCGGCAUGUAGAGAAUAUUUAGCUAGGAUCUUUAAAGAUUUGACGCUUCACAUACGGACAGUCGUAAAAGAACGAACACCAAAUAUCCCUAGAGUAAUAUAUGUCGCAGGCGGCUACUACCGACAAUCUCUCGACGUCUUAGAGGGUUACAAUAUCGACGAUAAAACGUGGCACAAAUUAGACAGUCUCACUGUACCUAGAUCUGGAUUAGGAGGAGCUUUUUUGAAGGGAACUUUUUACGCAGUAGGUGGCAGAAACAACGCUCCGGGUAAUAGUUACGAUUCGGAUUGGGUGGAUAAAUACAACCCAGUCAAGGACCAAUGGAGACCAUGUAGCCCCAUGUCGGUGCCGCGAAAUCGAGUAGGUGUUGCUGUAAUGGACGGCUUGCUGUACGCAGUUGGCGGAAGUGAGGGCUCCAGAUACCACAAUAGCGUCGAAUGCUACGAUCCUGAUUUGGAUAGGUGGACGACGAUAAAACCUAUGCAUUUCAAACGUCUAGCGGUUGGUGUCGCUGUUGUCAACCGACUGCUAUAUGCAAUAGGUGGUUAUGACGGUACCCAAAGACACAAUAGUGCAGAGUGUUACCACCCCGAAAAUAACUCGUGGACUAUGAUAGCCCCCAUGCAUACGCAACGGAGCGGCGCUGGAGUUGCCGCAAUUAAUCAGUACAUAUACGUAGUUGGUGGAUAUGACGGCUCGAAGCAACUGAAUACAGUGGAAAGAUAUGAUACGGAGAAAGAUACUUGGGAAUUUGUUGCUAGUAUGAAGAUUGCAAGAAGUGCCCUAAGUGUAACGGUCCUAGAUUGCAAAAUAUACGCAAUGGGUGGAUAUAAUGGUCAGGAUUUUUUAGCGAACGUAGAAAUUUAUGAUCCUUUGAGAGACGUAUGGGAGGAUGGGGAACCGUUGACCUCGGGUCGAUCAGGUCAUACUAGUGCUGUUUGUUACCAACCACCUUGUACUCAGAAGUGUAGGAUUUUAUCGCAAAUAAACAAUAGUUCGAGUUCGACGUCAUCUUCCACCAUUAAGUAAUAAAGGCGUUAUGUCGGAUUAAAAAUAAUAAUAAUAAUCUUUACCUGACUGAAAAUAGGUUAAACGUGCAUUUUUGUUGCAUCAGUUCAGUUAUACAUCUCAAUAUAUGUGAUAAUAUUUGUCAGAAGUGUGUAUGGAGUCUAUUGUUUUGUUAAGAACAGAAAAAAUGACGGUAUUUAAUAAUUUAUUUAUGUAAAUGAAGAUGUGCGUGUGUGAGUUUUCUUAUGAUUUUGUAGAUACUUUAAACCGAUUUAAAAAUCUAUUGUUCUUGAAAGUUACUGUGAGACAGUAUUUAUAAAUGUUGAAUAAAACAUUCCCGUUGCCUUAA